AUGGUGUCAUCGACUUCCACAACGUGUAAGUACCGUUAUGACGGCCGAACCCUUUACGCGGGGCUUUGCGCGAUGGUUACUGAUGCUUGUAGCCAGAUGUGCGCGAUCAAGCAUCGGAAUAGCCGCAAGAUUUUAGCAGGAACAAUGCUUGUGCUGUCUGAGCUCGCAAAGGCGAGCUCCCCAAGCGCGAACAUGGAGUUUGUGGACCAGACGCUGAAGGAGGCGGACUGUUGCAUUUUACGGGAGGACAAGCUGCCACAGCAGCCUAACAAGGAGGACUGUGGGAUUUUUGUUUGCCAGUACCUCAAGACCCUCGUGAAUACCGACUUCGCCACGGUUCUUUCGGGCCUCUGGUUCCAGGGUGUGACACCGCACCAAUACAGGCAGGAGAUGCGGCGCGACCUGUGUGCACACGCGAGCGGCGCUCUUUUGCAACAGCUGCAGGACAUGGGAAUUGAGAUCCCCCCGCAAGACGAAGGCCGGGUUACCGAUGAGGGUACAGUGGUGCAGAUGAAGAACGCGGCUGUGGGAGAUGGGAGGACGGCACCGGUCACUCGCCCUGUGGAGGACGCACGGGUUACGGAGGUGAUGAGGCGUGUAGCCUCCUUGACUAACGAUGUGAGGUACCUGAACGCCACCGUCACCGUGAUCGCCAACUUUGUGGGACUGAGGCGGGACGAGGUCGUGUCCGCUGCAACCCAACUGCUGCUGCAGGGCGGUCACCCGGGCACCGGCACGAAUGCAGAGGCGGGUGGCAACAAGACUGCGCCUCGCACACCACAGCGUCCGUCUGCCCGUAAGAGGCGGGCCGACAGCAGUCCUGAGGAGGAUGGCGUGCGCAACGGCACCCGGGUAGCGCUGGCCUCCACGUUCGCUGCAUGUGCGCCUGCAUCGAGCCUGCUCCCGAACCCGCUGCUCUCCCAAGGUGCCAUACCUCACUGGAUGUUCACGCGCGGGAGGCAGCUGCUCGGGAACGGUGUGCCACCUGGAGAUGCCGCGUGGGGAGACACGCACUGGCAGGAGACGCAGAAGGGCGAAGAGGAGGAGGACCUCGUGUCCGACUCAGACGACGAUGGCGAGGACGAGGAUACGUGUGCAACCACGUACACGGGUGUGAAGCUGGACAAACGGACUGGCAAGUUCGGCGUCAAGAUCUUGAUCAAAGAACGUGGAAAGCGUAAGCAGCAGCGCCUGGGAGCAUACACCACGGAGGAAGAGGCGGCAUUCGCGUAUGCCGCUGGUGCGUUCGUCCUGAGGCCACGCGACAGGAUACCCAACACCGUCACCCUGUCAGCGGCUGAGAAGGCGAUGCUGCGGGGAUGCACAAAAGAAGAUUUGCAGAUACUGGUGGAAGCAAGGAAGUGGUGGAGGUGGCGAAGCUGGCGUGACGCGCUGGAGAGCGUGAGCAGCAGGCUGAAAGGAGGGAGGAAGCGUGGGGGUGACACAGGUACAUCAAAGAGGCGCAGGGUGGUGGAGAACAACAACACGGCUACCAACGAACCGGCGGCCCCCGAAAAUGCAGAGAGUGGGGGGACGACCACCUUGUGCAACGGGCACGGCGGAGGUGCAAAGGAAAAUGACCAGGAAGAGCGACAGGGAGACAGUGGUGCACAAGAGAAGACGGCAGCCACAGCUGCAUAG